CCUUUGCCAGAUACCACCAAAUCAUGCAAUCCGUUUCCCUCCCUCUCUCUCUCGCGUUUCCCACCCUUGCUCCGGCGACGAAGCAUCUCACCGCCAUCGCCGGAUCCUCCCGAUUCCAUCCUUCAGCUGCGGUCUCCUAUGGUGCUACCUCAUCCUCCCCCUUUCUCCGGCCAGAACCCUCGGGCGAAUCGGCGGAGGAGGCGUAUUGGGAUUACCAGUUCCUCUUCGCAUCCCAACGAUCAGAGUCUCCAAAUCCGAUCCUCCUCCGAAUCGUCGAGGGUUCAGUACCCGCUGACCUUCCCCGGGGGAUCUACUACCUUAUCGGCCCCGGUCUCCUCUCCGACGAUCAGGGGUCCAGCAUCAACCCUCUUGAUGGGCAUGGUUACCUCCGUGCCUUUGAUUUCUCCGGCGGGGAUUCGGUUUGGUACUCGGCCAAGUACGUGGAGACGGAGGCGCAUAGAGAAGAGAGAGAUGGGGAAACGGGGCGGUGGCGUUUCACUCACCGGGGAACGUUCUCGGUGCUGAGAAAGGGGAAACGGGUGGGAAACUUGAAGGUGAUGAAGAACGUCGCGAAUACUUGCGUGGUGAGGUGGGGUGGACGGUUGCUGUGUCUCUGGGAAGGCGGUGAUCCAUACGAGAUUGAUCCCAAGACACUUAGGACUAUCGGCACCGUUGAUUUGAUCCGAGAUCCUGAUCCCAAGGCAGGGGAUCAUCGAUCAUGGCCCGGUGAAUGGAGAGAUUUCCGGGACUUUGGAAUCAACGUCGCAGCCCAGCUCCUGAAACCCAUUCUUCGUGGGGUGUUCAAGAUGCCACCAAAGAGGCUAUUGUCCCACUAUAAGAUAGAUGGGGAGAGAAAGAGGCUCAUAGUGCUCGCCUGCAGCACCGAGGACAUGCUACUCCCCAGGUCCAACUUCACCUUCUACGAGUUCGAUGGUGAUUUUGAGCUGAAACAAAGGAAGGAGUUUAUUGCGGAAGACCAUCUCCUAAUACAUGACUGGGGCUUUACUGAUAGUUACUAUGUCCUUAUGGGCAACCGUAUCAAGCUUGACAUGCCUGGGUCUCUUGUAGCAGCAUCAGGCAUGGCACCUAUGGUGUCAGCGCUGGCGCCUAACACCCGGCACAACUCAACGCCUAUAUACUUGCUACCACGGUUCUCUGCUGACCAGCAAAGAGAUUGGAGGGUGCCUAUAGAAGCUCCAGGACAGCUCUGGUCAACUCAUUUCAGCAACUCAUUUGAGGAACAAGGAAGCCAUGGUGGGCUUGUGGUUCAGCUCCAGGCUGCUGUUUGCUCAUACCAAUGGAUCAACUUCCCUAAAAUGUUUGGGUAUGAUUGGAGAAGUAGCAGGCUUGACCCUGCUUACAUGAAUGCCACACAAGGAAAGGAGGCAAUGUUAUCUCACCUGGUCAAUGUAAAAAUUAAACUUGACGUAGGAGGAGCAUGCAAAGAAUGCUCUGUAGAUGAGCCAUCAAAGCAUUGGAGACAAUCAGCCGACUUCCCGGUGAUCAAUCCAACCUUUGCCGGGAAGAAGAACAGCUAUGUUUAUGCGGCGACAUGUUCAGGGUCUCGCCAGUUUUUACCUCACUUUCCUUUUGACACUGUGGUGAAGUUGAAUUGCCAGGAUGGUUCAGUGUCUUCAUGGUGGGCUGGGAGUAGAAGGUUCAUUGGGGAACCAACGUUUGUCCCCAGAGGCAGCACUGAAGAAGAUGAUGGUUAUAUUCUAGUAGCAGAGUAUGAAGUCUCUAAGCAGAUGUGUUACCUGGUGAUAUUGGAUGCUAAGAGGAUAGGAAAAGCAGAUGCGGUUAAGGCAAAGUUGGAAGUUCCCAGCUUCUUGCGCUUCCCUUUAGGCUUCCAUGGGUUCUGGGCAAACACUUGAUAUGUAUAUGU